GCGGGGCCAGCUGGGACUGGCCCGUCAGAGGAGCGGAGGCCUGGGAGAGACGUGGGAGAGGCACAAACAGAGAAAGACGGAGACGCGACUGAGAGAGACACACACAGAGACGGGGAGAGACAGAGACAGAGAGACCCUGAGAGAACAGAAGAGAGACACACAGAGAGAAAGUGAGGGAGACAGUCAUUCAUUCAUUCACUCACUCAGCGGCUGCUUACUGAGCACAGGCCGUGUCCAGGCAGUGCCCACGACAGAACGCGAAUUCCUACCCCUGUGGGGCUGACUGGAGGGGACACAGUCCAGAAACAUGACAACCGCGUAAAUCACGUUGUCGGGAGUGAUAAGGGUGAGAGAGACGGGGUGGGGGAAGCGGGAGAACCAGGGGGACUUACGAGCCAGCUUCUCCUUAUCUGGGGAGGAAAAGGUUCCCACCAGAAUCCUGACCGCGCCUGCCCCUCCCCCACUCGCCCCAGACCGGGGGUGGGAGCGGGGAAACGGGGUGGGGCCUGAGCCCGGAGGCCGACGGGACCUAGCUGCUGGGGGGAGGGGAUUGAGGCUACCGCUGCCGAAGACCCCUCCUGACCCGGGUUGCCGGGGUCCCUCCGCCGGCGGGACGUCCUUGGGGUGCAGCCCAGGAGGGUCAGUUGGAAGGUAGGUGGAAUAUAGGGAGGGACCAGUGCCCAGAGGACAGAGAGGACCCCUUUACUUCGGUGGGGGCGGGGGCGGGGGGAGAGGCUCGGGUUGCGGCCGCCCCGGCUGAAGAACCCUCCCCUCCUCAUGUCUCCGGAUCCUCCCACCGCGACGGAGCGUCCCUGGGAGAGCAGCCCAGGCCCGGAGCGGGGAGCUGAGGGCUCGCCUGUGCCAGUCGCCACCAGGGCGCGUUCCGGUGCCGCGGCGAGUGGCACAGGCUGGCAGACACGGGCUGGGAGCCCGGGCCCCAAGGGGAGGGGGCAACUGCUUGCGACCGCCGGCGCUCGGCCUUGCGGGCCCGCCCCCUCGCCUGUCAGCUCCAGCCGCGCCCCCCGAACAGAGGCAGCUCGCUCAGCUCCAGGUCGCUCGACUGCUGAGCGCACACCACCUGGGCGCAGGGUCUUGGGGCGGGCAGCCCAUGGAGCUGGGGCUGCUGCGGCCAGCGCCAGUGAGCGAGGUCAUCGUCCUGCAUUACAACUACACCGGGAAGCUCCGCGGUGCGCGCUACCAGCCCGGCGCGGGGCUGCGCGCCGACGCCGUCGUGUGCCUGGCCGUGUGCGCGCUCAUCGUACUCGAGAACUUAGCCGUGCUGAUCGUGCUCGGACGCCACCCGCGCUUCCAUGCGCCCAUGUUCCUGCUCCUGGGUAGCCUCACGCUGUCCGACCUGCUGGCGGGCGCCGCCUAUGCAGCCAACAUCCUGCUGUCGGGGCCUCUCACGCUGCGCCUGUCGCCCGCGCUCUGGUUCGCUCGUGAGGGUGGCGUCUUCGUGGCGCUCGCCGCGUCCGUGCUGAGCCUCUUGGCCAUCGCGCUCGAGCGCCUCCUCACCAUGGAGCGCAGGGGACCCGCUCCCGCCGCCCGUCGGGGGCGCACGCUGGCGCUGGCGGCCGCCGCCUGGGGCGUGUCGCUGCUCCUUGGGCUACUGCCCGCGCUCGGCUGGAAUUGUCUGGGCCGUCUGGACGCCUGCUCCACGGUCCUGCCGCUCUACGCCAAGGCCUACGUGCUCUUCUGCGUGCUCGCCUUUGUUGGCAUCCUGGCUGCCAUCUGCGCACUCUACGCGAGGAUCUACUGCCAAGUGCGCUCCAAAGCGCGGCGCCUGGGAACCCGCCCCGGGGCUGGCGAGGGCGCCUCGACCCGCGAACGCCGCACGCCGCGCUCGUUGGCGCUGUUGCGCACGCUCAGCGUGGUGCUCCUGGCCUUCGUGGCUUGUUGGGGACCACUCUUCCUGCUGCUUUUGCUGGACGUGGCAUGCCCGGCGCGCGCCUGUCCUGUGCUCCUGCAGGCGGACCCCUUCCUGGGCCUGGCCAUGGCCAACUCGCUUCUGAACCCCAUCAUCUACACGUUCACCAACCGCGACAUGCGCCAAGCGCUCCUGCGCCUCCUCUGCUGCGGCCGCCACUGGUGCAGCCUAGGCCCGGGUGCCUCCCAGCCGUCGGGGAGCGCCCCUGGGGCUUCGGGCGGCCUGCAGCGCUGGCUGCCUCCUGGCCUGGAUGGCAGCUCCAGCCACUCCGAGCGCUCGUCACCCCAGCGGGACGGGCUGGACGCCAGCGGCUCGACCGGCAGCCCUGGCGCGCUCACAGCUGCCUGGACCCUGGUACCCCCGCCAGCCGCAGAGUGACGCCCUUUGGUCCGCCAUUGGCCUCCCUAAGAGUCUUUCGCAGACUUUCUUGCUAAAUAAAGGAAUUUAUAGGAAAAGCAGCUGAGGAUGGUGGAGGAAGAAAAGACGCAGGAGAAUGUAUUUUAUUGACGCUAAACCCCACGGCAAUGAACAAAACAGACAAAAAUCCCUUCCCUUGUGGAAUUGAUGUUCUGGUGGCGGACAUAGACAAUAAUGGAAUGAAGAGGUAUGGAGAUAAUUCCAGUGACAAUACAGUGAUGCGAUGGUGGUCAGGGGAUGCCUCUCUGCAGAGAUGGUGACAUGUGAUGUGAGAUGGACUGUCCUGGGAACUUCUGAAGGAAGAUCAUUUCAGGGUGGGGCUGCAAAGGCCCUGAGCCUAGAAUAUGCCUGUGUGUUCUCUGAAAAGCACAUAUGUCAAUGUGGCUGGAGCGGAGAAUGGAGAGGGAGAGUGGGAGGAAACAAAGGCAGGGAAAUAAUGGGACAGAUGGGGCAGGGACUUAUGAGCCCAGGGGAGGACUUUCUUUUGCUCUGAGUGAAGGGGGAUUCAUGGAGGGUUCUAGGCAGAGGAGGGACUUAAUCUGGCUCACGUGUUUACAGAUGCCUCUGGUCUCUGUGGAGGGCGAAGCUAGGAGAACAAGGUGAUGGUGACUGCACUGGCCUAGGGGAGUGAUGAUAAGGAAUCAGACCGUGUGGAUUCUCCAUGGAUUUGGGAGGUAUUGGACAGAAUUCCGGAGGAAAUUGGGUGUGGGGGAGAAAGGAG